AUGGCCUCGAUCGCGCUCCCCCUCGCCUCCGUCCUCAGUUCUUCUCUGUGCGGGCCUGGGACGAGGCGGAUACACAGAAUUUCCUCAUUCCGCGAUGUUCCCCGCGGGAAGUCGAGCUUGCUCUUCCCGUCGUCGCCAUGUGUUCCUCCUUCCCCCAGUCUUGCUGCUCCGAGUGAUAGGGUGCGGCGAGGCGGGGGACGCGUCAACGCCGCAUAUGUGUCGGCUCCGGCCUCCGACGCCAACGUUGGUGCGGCCGCGGUUUCCAGUUUUCAGAACAGGGAAUCGCCUCCCGCAGCCGCGGUUGUAAGCUCGGGAGUAAUAUUGGCGCUAAUGGCGCGGCAUACGCUGCGGAUCACCGUGUCCCUGUUGGCACUCAUUGGCUGCACGUCCUGCACCCUUUCCAUGCCGAUUUUGUCUGGUACGAAUUCCCAACUGUUUUAUGCGUCCUGCUAAUUUUGAUCGCACCAUUGUUGUUGGGGGAAUUCUCAUCCAUUGAUUGAUCCCACCAUUCAUUUACUUCGGGAAAUGAUGCUGAUAUUUCCCAUCGACCGACAGUGGGUACAAUACUGAUAAUGCAACUAUGAUGAUAUUGUGACAUCAUCUUAAUUUUCAAUAAAGUUCCCGUGGAAUGUUGCUCAUUUCUUACUCCGUUUGGUCAUCUGAGGCCAAGAUGAGGGAAAUGCGGUGGCCUUCGUGAUUUGUGGAUAUUGAUUUCACCUUUAGGCCACAAAAGAAUUAGAGCAACCAGGUGCAAAAGCACCAAGUAGAAUUGAGCCGUGGGAUAUUUCUUUCAAAUAUCUUCGUGGAGAUUUUAGAAUAGAGAGGGCACCAGAAAGUCUGGGAGAUGGAGUGUUCUGUUCCUAGCAGUCUCAGAAGAAGACACGUUACGUAAAUGUAUUCGAGGACCGAGUGGAACUUCCAUCUUUCACCAUCUACAUAUAAAUGCUUCUCCUUAUAUGGCACAUCAUCGGCAAUUAAUGCCCAUAUAGAAGGAGUUUUCUUGCUAAAUGAGGAAUAAUUGGGUAUUUUUUGGUUAAUUAAUUUACUUUUUUGUCUACCUCUCAAGAAUGUGUUCCUUUCAAUCUUGGAAGGCUCCAUGGAAAAAAUGAUGAGAGGAAUAAACAUUAUCUGUAGAUCUGUAAAGCAUUUCCUUGGUAGAUUACCAAGGUGACUACAAGAGUGUACUAUUUUAUAUGGAUCUGGAUGAACUGCACAUCCUUGAGAGGUUUUUAAGACAGCUUCUGCUUAUGGUUGGGGACCACCUGAAUCUCCACAAUAUAUCUUACGAUAUUUUAGUUGGUGGGUAUUCCUUUUAAUAUAACAAAACUCAGUUUAUAAAGCCUUGUUUUACACUGGAGAAUUGCACCAUGUUUCUUGUGGGAAAAUAUCACCAGGCUUGUGAUAAUUCGAUUAGAGAAUUUACUAAGUGCAUCAGAUAAUGACUAUUAUGUAAAUGAAAUAGUUACGAAUCGAAAGAAUUUGGAGAGUAGUUUAUGCUAACUCGCGAAUAUUAGCUCUGCAAGAUAACCCUUAUAAGCCUAUUCAAGACUAGAUGAUGAAGGGGAACAAAAAUCAAACAGAGAAAAUCAUUAAUAACAAUUAGAAAGAGAUUAAAAUCAGAUUGUAAAAUAGUAAAGUGAUAUCUUCUCAUAAUAUCCUUAUUUUCUUCUCCUUUUAUUUUGUGCAUCCUCCUCCUCUACAGUGCAAUGCCUGGCAUCGGUUAAAUCAUCACUAAUUGAAAAAUCUUGUUUGGUCGGCUCUUUUUUUCAUUAUUUUUGGUACAGUGUCCAUUCUAUAUUAGAUUGACUAAUCUACCGAACGGUUGACUGUCCUGUGGCGGAGUUUUUUCAAUCAUACUCUGGGCGAUUUUUUUUCUCCAUGAUGUUAAACGAGCUUUCGAGUCAGCUGGGAAAACAGUCUGAGACACUUGCAGUAUCACACCCACUCGGGAUGUUGAUCUGGCUGGAGAAAUUGAGUACAUCACACUAUCUAUAUUUAAGUUCUUACUUCGAUUUUUGGUACAUUUUAGUGCAUCCUCUACUAUUUCCCAGUUUUAUGACGAUGUUUGCUUCCUACUAGUUCUUUCUCUGUGCCCUAGUGGAUCUAUCUUAUAAAGUAAAUUAUUUCUCUUUGCUUUAAUGAUCGUGGGAUGGUUAAUUCCUCAAAAAAAAAAAUUGAUGUCUAUCUCAUAUCUGAAGUGUCAAAACUGCUAAUCUAAAGAGGCAUAUGAUGGACACUAAUGUGGUAGUUAUGAGAAUUUCUCAGGGAAACUCUUUGAGAUUCUUGUGGGGAGAAGAUCAGAGCCUUUGUGGGAGCUUCUUUUACAAAUCGCGGUGGUAUACUUACUGGAACCAAUUUUCACUGUUGUGUUUGUUGUAAAUAUGACCACCAUGUGGGAAAAUGUGAUGGCAAGCCUGAGAGCACUGGUUUUUCGAAGGAUGCUAAUCCAGAAGGUAUGUAAUGAAAUCGCUGUUUGAGGAAUGUUGACGGUCUAGUUGUGCCAAUUCUCGUUCAAUACCAGUUUUUUAUUUAAUAUAUUUCUUAGUAUUAACAUGAUAUGCCAAAUUCGAUCCACCUAGGGUCAUUUAUUUAUGGAGAAGGAUUCGAAAAAUUGUUGAAUUUUUUUCGAUUGGCUGCUUUGCCUGUUGUCAGCCUUGGUCAAGUUGAUGGAAAGCAUGUGAUUUAGAUAACUUUUGGAAAUAAAGGAUCAUUCUGUCAAUGACCUUGAGGGACAAGUUAGAGGGUACUAACUGGGUGUUGGCUGUUAUCUAAUUCAACAGGAAGUAAUCCCCAGAAGACUUUCUUUACUUUUUACCAGGCCUUGAACUAGAGCGAGAGAGACUCUAGGAAUCUGUGAUUUUCUACCGCAACCCACCCUUACCCAUGGAGGUUCUAGUUCCAUAUGUUGUCGGUUUCUGUUUGUUUUCAAAAAAUGAGUAUGAGACGUAGGAAUGCUAGUACAUUUGUGUCACAUCAAGAUAAUUCCUAGCUUACAGUCGACGGCUCCUCAGAAGUUUGGCAUUGCUAUUUGAGUAUUAAUAUCCGCGAAUGGAAACUAUAUACAUGUGACAUCAAUUAUAGUUGUGAUAGUUUCAUCACUUUUGGUGAUGCCGGAAAAUGAUAUUUGACAACACGAAAUGGAGAAGGGCUAAGGUGGAUCUUUAAGCAAUUCAUGCAAAGACAUCCAUAAUUGAAAAGCCCUCACUCUAGUGCACAAAUGUUGUAUUUUUUACAGGUUAUGUGACUUUCAUAUUAUCAAUAAUCGUGCAUUUACUUUUUAUCUUAAUAGAUGGUAUUUUUCUUCAAGAAAUUUGGUUAAAUCAACUAAAAAAAUUGAUCUCCUCUGCCUCAAUUUGACUGGAUUUUAAGUCAUCCUUUACGUCAGAAUAACUUUCCUAUUUUGAUGGCACACAGUUACAAGCUUCUGUCUUCUUUUUUCUCUUAGUUAUUGUAUGUAAUACCCAUUUUGAUUUCUUCUGAAACGUUAUUUUCAUCUUAUUUCAGGUUGAAUUUUUUGAUCGCCAUAAGGUAUUUUAUAUCGAUAUCUUUUUAUGUCAAUUGAAACUGAAUUAUAUGACAUAAAUGCUCAUAUGUUGGACAAGCAUAUCUUAUUCACCUUAGCAAGUAGAUGUAAAAAUUCUACUUGAGACUUGGUUCAUAUAUGACAUAAAUGCUCAUAUGAGACGGUUCAAAAUUUCGACUUGGAAGGGUCUUGUAAAUUCGGAUACUAAUUAUUGUUUGGACUGAGCCUGUCAUAUAGUUAAUUCUAUUACAGACCAUUUGUAGGUGUAAAUAAAUCUGGUGACGGCCUAAUCAAAUUUGCAUAUGAAGAAAUACUUUCUCUAAUCGACAUUGUGGGAGUUAAAAAAGAAGCCUAGGAAUCUGUCCGUUAACGCAGUUAGUCCCAAGUGAUGAGACUGCAUACUGGAUAAGGAUUUUAAUUGGGAUUUAAUUCAACUACAUGAUGAACACGAGAAUAGUGUGAGGAAUGACGCUGCCAAAUCAAUCGUUGAUUUAAGAAAGAAAGUCAUGCUUGUUAGACGGGGUCUAAAUGAGAACACUUCGGAGGAUUAGUGGCAUUCAUCAGAUAUCUUUCUUAAAAAGAAACGAUACAUCUUCACCCACGGUAAUCACCCUAGUGGCAUUCUUCUUAGUCAAUCCUACACAGAAUUUAGUAACUUGAUAUCAUAGACAUAAGUUGUAUACACCGUAGUUCUCAAAAGUCAAACGGUAUCAACUUUAUAUUAUUAUCAUACACAUAAUCCCAAAGAAUUUACGCUGACAACACAUAUCUUCUUAAUCCACAUGUCCGCUUUUAUAAAAAAUAUACCUGUAUUAAAUGUGCAUAUAUAUCUUUCUGUUAUUACGCCCAUUAAUAUUCCUCUGAGUUUUCUUUCUCUUUGGUACUGCAUCUUUCUGGUAUAUCUAGGGUAUAUCUCCGUGGCCAAUCGGGACGAUGGUGAUUUGGAUCAAAACCAAAUCAGAACACUGGAUCAGGAUCAAAUUAGUUAAUUGCCCAACCAAGGGAAAUGGUUGAUUCCGAUUUUAAAAAAUGAAAGGGAAAAUAUGGUACAUUUAACGUAAAUAUCUGCAUGAAUAUUUUUCUGAAAAAGGUGUAAAUAUAGUUAAAGAUAAAAGGAAGUCUUUUAUUGUACAUUGCAACCAAAAUGUGGCUAACAGUGACUAAUGACAAUAAGCAUCUUUGGGUGUGUUUUCUUCCUUUCAUUUCUUUUUCUUCCCGCAUUCUUUUGUUUCCCUCUCCUUCCUGUACCCUUUCCUCCCUGCUUCUUCCACUGCCCUCCUGUGUUUAUGCUUCCAUAUUUGUUCUCUGAUAGGAGUACUUCUGCAAGAAACUAACUAGAAAAUUGGCCAGUAUUUUCCCUAAUCAGGCCAAUUCGACGGUAACCUUAAAAAAAACUUGACUGUCUACCAGUGGUCCUGACUACCAUGCUCGAGAGUUCUUUGUCUCUUUCAUGUUGAUGCUAAUUCCAUUCAUGGUUUAUCUGUGACUCAAUGCGUGAAAACCAUAACGUCAAGUUAACUCGUAACUGUAACAAAUAGUUAGGGUUAUCUAGUCUGAUGGCAUGAAAAGAUCUCUGCGGUACUCUGGAAAGUCUGAUCUUUAACGUGGAAUAUUGUAAAGGUAUGCAAGAUGAAUCAUAGAUCUUUGAUACUUGAGUUGUUAAAGUGGUUUUAAGUCAGUGAGUCUGGUCAGUUCAGCCCAUUACCUUUAUUUAUUGUCUCUCUGUACACUUGUACUGAGAGAGAUUCACGUUUGGUUAAAAGAUGAAAAGUACUCUCUCUCUCUCUCUCUCUCUCUCUCGGUGAUAAUGCAUAUUUUGUUAACUAGGCACUAAUUUUUACUCUUUUGCUUGCGAGCUGAGAUAUGAGAUUCUGCUUUGCCUUCUUCUAAUGACAGUUUCUGCAUUGAAAAUCAGUUACUUUAUUCAUGAAAAAUUCAGGAUUGAUGUGGAACUAACAAAAUUUUCAACAGGGCGUAAUAUUCCUCGUCAACAUCUUGGGCUUGUUACCAGACACAUGUAUUCAUGAGUUUUUUAUUUUCUAAAGUUGAGGAGAACAUUGGCAAUCGAGAGAGAUCUAUACUCCUUUGAAUCAGCUAGAUAAUCCUUCUUUUAAUGUUUCAACCAGCAUCCUAUUGGUGGCACUGGAGCUGAAGUGGAAGAUAGUUUGUUUGUAGCUGAUACAUGCCUGUGACUGCAUUGAAAACAUCUUGAAACCGGGACUUUACUUUACUAAGGUCUUUCUGUAUUAUUCUACUUUUUAUAAUAGCUAUUUUGAUACUUUACCACAAUAGGGGGGUUGAAGGAAAACAAAAGAAAUCCAAUUCCCAGUCACAUGUCAACUUUUGUUUGUCUGUGACAUAAUAUUCUUAGAACUUUUGUAGAUGCUUUGUAUUCACCCCCAGCAUAAUCUUCCUUAAUCUGUUUCCAUCGUGGCUUCAAAUUGUAUUUCAUCCUGUCAGUUCACUAUAGUUGUGCCAAAUCUUUUGUAGGUUGGUGAACUGACUGGCUUGCUGACAUCCGAUUUGGGGUCUCUAAAAGAUGUUGUUGGUGAGAACGUUUCUAGAGAUCGAGGACUUAGGGCGCUCUCUGAGGCAAGCUUCCAAUAUCACUGUUAACAGUUGUUUAAAAUUAUUGGUAUGCAAUUUUCAUCUCAUAAUAUUUUCAUGUAUGUUGAUUGGGACUAUAUUAACAAUCCUCUUAUGGGUUCGUUUCAUAUGAUAUGUUCCGCUAUUAUUCUGCUUGAAAGACCUCUUUUCACUUCUAACCUUUUCAUGUAGAGCAUCUAUAUUUAUUUCUGCCAAUCAAACAUCUAGUGCAGUGUUUCUAAUUGAAUAUCUUUGCCUGUUUCUUAAAGUAUCUUUUAAUAUGUCUAUCGCUUGUACAGGUUGUAGGUACGAUAUGCAUACUUUUCUCACUUUCCUCACAGCUAGCACCAGUUCUGGGUGCGCUGAUGCUCUCAAUAUCUGUUAUAGUAGGUAAGUUUACAACACAUUUGGUUAUAGUUUUGAAGUCAUACGUGUCAGGUCAUACCUAACUCUCUGGAAGUUCAUUGCCAUUCUUCUUUCGUUCGUAGUUUUUUUUGCCAACUUUAUUGCAUGUUCACUAAGGUACAAUGAAGAUAGCUGGCAUGAACCUGUAAUUUUGUGUCCUUCACUGGUUGGGCGUACCUAGUGAACUAAAUGGCAUUUUUGACUUGUUUUUUAUUUACAACCAUUCAUUCUAUUUUAUUAUAUACUUAGGAAUGUUGGUAAAAGUUAGAUUAGCAUUAUGAGACCCAUUAACUCGUUUAUAAAGUAAUCAUUCAGUUGAUGGGUAACAGUUAAAUAAUAGGGUAGGUGGCAAUGCCAUUGGAAUCAAAGAAACUUAAACAUUAUUGCGUUGGCAAAAUCACUUUAGCAAAUGUUUCAGACAGCUUCAACUGAACCAAACAAAUUCAAUUAUUGUAUGCUACAACAUCCCCCAAAAGCUUCUGAAGUUAUGUCCAACUCUCUUAUUAUGCCUGAUGAACAUAACAUCGGUCAACUUAAUGUUCUAUUUUGCGUAUAAAUAAGGAAUUAUUUUUCUAUUUAACGAAGUACAAAUUGCCUGUAUACAUCCUCUAAAGUCCUAGAUAUUUUUAUUGAAGUUUUUUUUACUGGCUUCCGCUUUUUCCAUAAACAUAGUCUAAUGUUUUAUAGUCGUCGGAGGAUAGGACCAUACUUGUUGAAGAUACAUAUAAAAAUUAAAAUUAAUAAACGGUUAGUGGAAAUACCACUGCAUUAGAAGUGACGCAGAUGACUCGAUGCAUGCCAUCCUCCUCAGCAAUUGAUUGGUGUGAUGCAUUGCUUGCCUUCAUAUUUCUAAGACAUUGAUAUAUUCUUAUUCGUAAUUGACCAAACUCUGGUAGAAGUUUGACGGACAAGACUACUUGGUGUGUGUAAGGGGUCAUUGAAACGGUUUGGGUAUGGUAUGUUUUGGUCUAGUUUAAAAUGUUCAGCUGGUUUUGAAUCCAUAUUCCUAAUUUAUAAAAUGUUUUACUGGUGACCAGAGAGUGCCCAGACUAAAUAAUGGGGAUUAGUGAUCUGUUAGAAUGCAGCAUGAUUCGUCAUGUUCAACUGGUUUUAAAUCCAUGGCCAUUAAUGAAUGGGAAAUGAUUUUUUAAAAGAUACUGGGUCCAGAGCUAAUUCUUUGUCGUUUUUUCAGGGUUCAGUUUUCUUAUUAUUACCUCACUCUAUGCCUUCUUGGUGUGGCCGCAUUUCUGCAUAGAACCAGCUGUUCAUAGUCAGUUACUUUUAUUGAAAGUUGAUUAUGGUUUGUUUAAAUGGAUACUAAAUUUCUGACUUUUUCAUUUUUUUUAAAAAUAUCGCUGCACUCCUAGGGAAAUUUCAUGUCAAGUAUCCAAGUCUAUCGAUCUGAAUUCCAAUCCUAGAUAGCAAGUUUUUUAUUUAAUUAUCAUUCUUGAUUCACAUUCACCCUUUUUUGUGAUUUUAUCUGUUUGUGUUGACUAUUCUACCCUUGCUCUCUAGCUAUUUUUAAGCGGUCAACCAUCCCAGUCUUUAAAUCUCAUGGAAUUUCCCAGGCGAGAAUAUCAGAUUGUGCAACUGAAACGUUUUCAGCUAUUCGAACUGUGAGCUACAGUUUCCCUUUAGUUAUUACAUUUCAUAUUUAUUUUAUCAUUUUCUGUGCAUGUAGUUUUUUUAUUCCUUCCAUCAAAGAGGAAUAAUAGAUAAUGCUGACGAGAUCCCGUGUUCCUCAAAGUUAUAGGUUUGUAAUCUGCUAGAUAGGCUGAUUAACAUAUCUUCCUCCCAUUUAUAAUUAGGUUAGGUCAUUUGCUGGUGAAAAACAACAAAUGUCCUUAUUUGGCUCCCUGGUAAGUUCGUCACCUAAACACCACAUACUAUUUCUUUGUUGUGCCAUGAUUUUUGUGUUGGUGUUACAAUAUCCAAUAUUUAUUCUUUUUAUUUGAUGAACCAUGAAUGAUGUAUUCUACAGUUUUCUAAUCUUAAUUGAAGAUUCACCCUCUGAUAUUGGCCGUUUUUGGAGUUUUUCAUGAUCUGGGAAUCUGAUCCUUGGCUAGGUUCUGUAAUUUUUAUCUAAUGAAUCAUGAUGUCGUAUUGAUGUUUUCAAAUUUAACAUCUUGGUCUUCGUCCUACCCUCUCUUGUAUAAGCUGUUCAAUUUUGGAUCAUGGUCUUAGUUUGAUGCCUUUCAUUUAUGUCGAGUGCAAUCAAUAUUAUUUAGUGACCAUAACAAUUGUGUGCUGCCUAGCACUCGAGAACAACAACGCAAGACAGUCAAACAACGCAACAAAUUGUGUACACUAUGUUAUUGGUUAUUAUACUUUUAGGAGAUAUGAUCUAGAAGUAUAGUAACAAUUAUCAUUAUAUAUUUUCUUGCAUGAAACCUCCUUAAUGAUUAAAAUUUUCUAAAAUUAUAAGGUUUUAAAAUUUUGUAAUAUAUUAUAUUUUUUUCUUCUGGUCCUUGAAGGUGUAAAUCAUGCAUGUGACUAAUUGUUACGUUAGUAAAAAUUAGAUAGCUUGGUGAAACUUAUUAGAAACAUUUUAAGCAUAAAUCUAAUUUAAUAUAAUAUUAUUCUUACUCCUUAUGAUUAUGUUAAUAUAUUAAUUUUCUCAAAUAAAUAAUAUUUUAUUAUUCAAAGAAUUGUGCGUGGCCAUUGUUUAAAAUAGUGUUAAAUGUAUUUAUUAUCUCUAUAAAGAACAGUUAUGCUCAUGUUCACGAGUGGCUGGAUCCAAGAUUGUGGACUACAUGAACCAAGUUGUACGGAAUAGGAGAUCUCACUAGCAUCUGUACUGGCUUGGUACCUAGGCCAUGGCUUGGACUAAACGUGUCAUGUACUCAUUUAACUUAUCCUUUUCGAAAUGUCAGACAAAAUCCUACUUGAACUUUAGUGUCGGUUGGCAAUUCAACCUGAUUAAUACUAUCAAAAUAAGCUCGAAUAAAGCCCCUUCAUAUAUUCAUCUAUCGCUUAUUUGUCUUUCUUUCUGGUGAGUUCUCGAUGAUUGAAUAUUUUGAGGGGAAUAUCUUACCUGCACUUUCUUUCUGGUCUUCCUCUUUGAUAUCAUUGUUAAAUUGAUAUUGUUCUUUUUGGUCUUUCUCUUUGAGAUCUUACUCUACAGUUCAUCUGAGGGGGCAUAUCUGAGAAAACUUUUGUCUUUAAAAGUCAAUUUAUGUAUUGAUGUUUCAAUUUUGUUAACAUUGGGUAUACACAGUUACCAAAAAAAUAUAAAUGCAUUCCUGAUUCAUACAAAUUAUUUUUGGCUACUUAACUCUGGAUAUGAUGCAUCUAUGACCCUGAAAAUUUAUCAUUCGUAAUUUUGACUGUUAACACGGCAGCCAAAAUAGUGAUUUAACUUUGCAUAAGAUAUUGAUUUUAGAAAAAUAAUAAUGGAUAUGAUUCAUGGUAAAACCCUUGAUUUUCAAUUCUGAUUGAUGUUUAUAUUAUGCUGUAAAAGUAUACUUAUAUGUACUUGCAUGUCAAAUGUCUGAUUUUCUUGAUCACAACAGGUUCUUGCUUACCAGAACAGCGGCAUGAAACUUGGAAUUUUGAAGUCUGCAAAUGAAUCAUUGACGAGGGUUGUCGUCUAUAUUUCUCUAUUGGCUGUAUACUUUCUUGGUGGGAGCAAAGUAAAAGCGGUGAGGAUCAUAUUCUGACAUUAUUCAGCUAUUUCCUAAUCGCAAUGUGUUUUUGAAAGGGUAUCCCCUUGACAUCUUAUUGUUCUUGUUGAGAAGUAUGAGAAAUCCAUGGCGUUCUCUAAGCUUAGGUAGUUUCUAAUGUAUCUUUUGUUGUAAAAACUACAUUGCUGCGAUGAACAAGUAAGACGGCAAACCAUGUUGUGAUGAACGAAAAAAUUCUACAUUAGAACAAUUGUCUUUCUGUAAGGAAACAGGAUGAGUUUAAAAAAAUGUGACAAAAAAUGUUUAGCCGGUAAAUGAAAAGGAUGUAUGAGGAGGGUCGGGUUGAUUGGUCUUUGUCCUUUGCUACUGUCGACAAAGCUUUUCAGACUAAACAGAAGCCAAAAGUCUAUUUUAUUUAAUGGUGGAAGAUGCUAAGGAACCUGGAGUGCUUCUAUGAUUCUGUUUAGAAAGUUGGAAAAGUCUACUGAUAGGUGAAACUAAAUUCCUACAGUUGGAUGGAGCUGUUGCAUUUGUGUCGAAUGUUUCAAACAAGAGCCGGAACAUGUAGCUUUAUGUUAUCCAAAAUGGUAUUAUGCUUUAUUCAUUUGUCAUGUAUUAAUGCUUAGCUAGAUUUCCAAAUUGUUGUCAUUGAUUUAGGUAUGUUUAUCUCUAAGUUAUGUAGAUAAUGCACGCACAUUGCUACACUCUGGAUGACAGUUCCCGUCUGAUGAGAUUUGCAGAAGAAGAUUAUGUCAUUCCGAUUUCUUUUAACCCUGGAUUCUGUUUGAUUUCUCUUCUUUGGAUGAGGAUGGAAUCACUGUAUGCCUGAGCUUCAGAAAUAUCUUUCAACUCAUUUAACUUUCUCAUUUUACAUCGUAAUGUAUUGGCUAUCAAAUAAUGAUAGAAUGAAGAUUCAUGGGAGUUGGAAUUAUUAGAAUAACGGAGAUCAUAUUUGAUUGAGUGAUUCAGAUUAUAUCCGACCUGGAGGAAAAUGAGCUCGCCCUUUAGAAAUACUGGAAGUAAAGUAGUUAAAAAAAUGUGGAUAGCUGAGGAUGUCACCAUUACACACAUUCUGAUGGCAUUGGGACGGCUUUAGUUUUACUUUCUGAUCCAGACACAGAUCAUUCUCAACAUGCCGUCUGUAUAAUUAGUUAGAAGAUUCCAAUAUUUAAAAUCUAAUGGCUGAUUUGUGACCACCCAAGAUAGAAGGUGAAAGGAGUUUGAUUUCCCGGAGUAACAGCUGUAUCAUUCAUGCAUUUGUUGAUGAACUGGGUCAUGUGUGGAAAAUACUCAGUUUCGGAGGCACAUCACUUUUUGUAGGCCAUUUUUUCUCGGAUUUUGUAACAUUCUUGAAGCUUCAGAGAUUCAAGGGUUAUUCUGAACUUUGGGCCGAUCUAUCUUCUUCUGUUGAAUACUGCACUUCUUUGGGCCCAUACCAUGUUUUUUAAUAUAUCCAUUAGCUUUGGACGCGGAUAUAACAAUGAAGAAUAUGAGCGUGCCUUACACUUGUGUGGUCUAUGAAUUUUAUAUUAAGAAGUUUUUUAUGAUGUUUUGAGUAGCUAUAACCACCUUGGAAUGCGAAAUUUACCGUCAUAUCGUAUGCCUCAAAGUGAUUCCUAUGUUCAGUAUUUAUAUCACAUAUAUAGGUUGCCAUGGCUUACAAUGAAUGAUUAUCUUAAGUUGGUUACAGCUGUGGUGAUAACCUUUGUAACAUUUGGAGAUUUUGUUAAGCUGGAAGUCAUAUUUGAGAUGAAUUAGUCCUUAAUAAAUGCAUUUCCUUGACUCGUUUUCAAUUGUCACAGGGUGAAUUGUCUGUCGGAACAAUGGCUUCUUUUAUUGGUUACACAUUUACAUUGACAUUUGCUGUAAGUAUUAUUUUUUUACUGAAUUUUCAGUAAACAUCUUUUAUUCAUCCAUCUCACUGUUCUUUCCAUGCAAUAAAAAAACCCAGGUUCAAGGUGGUGUAAACACACUUGGUGAUAUCCGUGGGGCCUCUGCAGCCGUUGAACGAAUUAAUUCAAUUUUAUCUGACACAGAUAUAGAUGAUUCUCUCGCAUAUGGCCUGAGAAAGGAAUUCACUUUAAGAGAAAAUGAUGACCGACUUGAACUUUUCAAGGACGAUCCUUCUGAUCUUGAUCAAGCACCAAGUUCUCAUUUCACGUCAAUAUUAAAAUCAGCUAGUGAUGGAUAUAAUCUAGCAUGGUCUGGUGACAUAUGUUUGGAAGGUAAUGUUGUUACACUUCUGACUAUUUCUUUUGUUAUGAAUCACUAAACUUAAGUUCCGUUUUUGGUAAACUUCCAUUUCACAUUUUCCUGUUUCAGAGAAUUUCAGAAAAAAAAUUAAAUGUCCCUUUCAUUGAUAGACUGAAACAUCAAGAUUUUUUCCGCUAGCAGUAACUGGGAAAAUUAUGCUCUCAACACUAACCUUCACCCUUUUUACGAAGAAGCUAGGGGGAUAUGAGUGGACUGAGAGGAUUACUGUCAAUAUUUUGAGGAGACUUCUGUAGCCAAAGUACAGUAAGAAUGGUGGAAACAUUGAGAGGCGCUUCAAUUUUUAGGAAAGCAUGAAUGCAAGAAGAUUUGGUCAAAUGACAGGGUUUCAAAUGAUCAAUCUAAUUUUAUGCCAAUAAGAUCAAUUAUGAAAAUCAGUUUCUAGCUCGGAAAAUUAUUGGAAUUUUUUUCGGAAGGAAUGGUUAUUUCAUGUUUUUCUUAAUUGGAGAAAACAUUGAUGGAGUACUCACUGAUGUUAUCGGAGCUAACGGAAAAACGACAUUAUGAGAAGUUACAUAGGUAUAAUUAUGGAUACAUAUGAGCCAGAAAACUGACGUGUGGAUGUUUGAUUGAAGAACAAAUAGUUUUAAAUUUCUGUUGGUUUGUAGAUUUGAAUACGUAUAUUUUUACACAUAUAAUUAUAUAUGAACAAUGAUGAAGUUCUAAUGGAUAUGAGUAAGGCUGAAGAGUAGAAACUGAUACUGUAAAAAAAUGCUGUAAAUUUUUUUAGAGUUUAAUAGAGAAUUGUAAGAUAUGUGACGUUCAGGCUGCAAUAUUAAAGGAAAUUAACAUUUGGCUCAUUAGGCAGUGAUAGCUGCCCUCAAAGAUCAUUGCAGCUACCUAUAUUUUUUGAUAGUUGAUAUUUUUGAUUGGGAUUUCUAUAUUCAAGGUUAUGACUGCUUGCCUAAAGCCAAAGCCCGCAGUUUGAAGUGCUCUGUGAUCAUCAGAUUGAUUUAAGAUCGAAGUUGUAUAAAAUGGUUCUAAAACCAUGUAUGAAACUGUCGGAUUACGUCGAUCUUGUUUAGAGCAGCUGAAACGAGAAUUCUAUAGCCUUCCAGUGCAUGAUGUUUCCUGGACUGUGGACUCGAGGUACUGAGUCUUCAACACUUGCAGGGGGGCUUUUGAGCGUUUUUAGGGAGGCUAUUGGGGGUUUACUUUGUGGAUCGUCUCUUAGCUAUUUUAUAUUUCAUGAAGUACCUAUCACUCUUUGCACUUUUUAUCUCUAGUUUAUUCUUGAAGAUAUUUGUGGAAUUUGUCUUUUCUUCAUUCAAUUGUAUACAUAUGAAUUAUUCGUAUGCCACUAUUUAUUAGUGGAAGUGGAUUUUGUGGCAGGAAAGGCAUGUCAGUAAUUGUUUCCCCGGACGGUUCAUGGUUUUGAAUUCAUCUGUUUUAUAUUGAAGCAUCUCUUAACAAAUAUCCCUUGACUUAAUAAUCGCACUGCCAAAUGGCUUUCCUUUUGAAGUGUCUCUCGAUAAACAUCCCUUGAAUAAAUAAUCUUAUUUCAGAGAACACUAUGUCGCAAGGAACUUCCUUGAUACCUCUUGAAGGCAUAUAACACUUUCAGAUCUUUUUGAAAUAAGAUUAGGCUCGACUAUGGUGUUAUUUGUGGUGUUUAUUUUGGAAUUUCAUCAUAUCGAAUGUCUGAACGUAAUUUACUCGUAGGUAGGCAUUUUAUUUAUGUUCUAUGCUUUUGCUUGUGCUAACACAUUCUAGAAUCCAUAAUCUACUGAAAGAAUGUCCUAAUGUAGGACAAGGAGGAAACUAUGCCAUCUUUCCGGGCCAUAAUUAAUCAUCAUAGUGGAGUUUUAAACCAAUAAAAGCAAAUCCGAUAGUCUUUCAAAUCAUUGGGGGUUGAUUUAAAGAAAAAGUCUGAUUAUCUUAUUCUAUGCUGCAAUCUUUUUUUUUCCCCUUACAGAUUCCGGCUACAUGUCAUAAAACUAACUAAUAAGUGUCUCUCAAUCUUUUUCGGUCUGCUAUUUAAAAAAUUGACAAAUAUCCCAUUAAAAACUCCGCAAUGGAACUUUAUUCAAUGAACUUGAUUGACAUUCACAAAUCGCAUGAUAAAUUUCUAUUGUUAAUUCGUUUCUUCCUUUUUUUAUUUGAUUAGUCUGUGAGCCCCCCUAAUCCCGAAGUUAAAGAUGACGUAUUGAUUUGAAGCAAUCGAAGUCAAGAUUUUGCAACAUGGAUUUAUUUUCAGGGCAUACAAUCAUGAUGAUUGCCUGUCUCAGUUUUGUCCUUUCACUGAAUAACACGCGAUGAUAACUCUUGAUCGACUAUUGACGACAAAAUUUACUUAUGAACUUUCAUCCUGUGUAUUUAAUUAUAUUAAAUUUACAUGCAAUACUGUGCUGAGAUUGCCGGCAUCAUCUUCCUUCUUCGGUCAUAAGAGAUUAUUUUGGAAAGAACUGAAGAUAAGUUUUUAUAGCAAAUGGUAAUUACCUUAGGAAACAACACUCAUAAAAAGCUUCCCAUAUACGAAAUUAAUCUGAAUGAAUGAAUGAACUGGGGAAAGCAGGGUCUUCUAAUAGAGAUCAGCAGGAAGGGAAGGGGGUAGCCCUCUUCAUCACUAACAACGUCACCCACUGUUUACAUUCUGACAGAUGUUUACUUCUCGUACCCAAUGAGGGACGACGUGGACGUCUUAAAUGGGCUGACUUUGACCUUAAAAUGCGGACAUGUUACUGCCCUUGUGGGCCCCAGCGGAGCUGGAAAGAGCACCAUUGUUCAGCUGCUGGCACGCUUUUAUGAGGUAUCCCCUUCCCUUCAGCUGAGACAUCAUCGGUCCUUUGCAUUCCCAUACUAUGCCCAUCAAUAUGAUAUUCACAGCCAACAAGAGGUCGGAUCACUGUGGCCGGUGAAGACGUUCGGAUAUUCGACAAGAGGGAUUGGGCUCGUGUUGUUUCCAUUGUCAACCAGGUAACCUUCCGAGCUCAAGGCCCUCUACAGUGAUGGCUACAAACCCGCCAUUCUUUUCAUUCACUACCGCCGCAGGAACCGGUCCUGUUCUCGGUUUCUGUGGGAGAAAACAUCGCGUACGGUCUGCCAGAUGAGAACGUCUCUAAAGACGAUAUAGUGAAGGCGGCCAAGGCGGCUAAUGCGCAUGAAUUCAUAAUCUCUCUUCCCCAGGUCCGCAUUUCAAUGCUGAUUUUCUCUUAUCGCAUCAGCAAGUUCCUGUGUAGUUUCUAAUUAUGGGUUAUGUUUCCAAUUAGGGAUAUGAGACGCUAGUCGGCGAAAGGGGAAGCUUGCUGAGCGGGGGGCAGAGGCAGGUAAUGGAACAUGAUCAUACCCUUCGGAUGGUUCUUGGGUUGCCUCAGCUUACCGUUUUCACCCGCAGAGGAUCGCCAUAGCUCGAGCCAUCUUGAAGAACGCUCCGAUACUGAUACUAGACGAAGUAAAGCUUCCACUUUUCUUCUAAGAUUGCCGAAACCCAGUUAGAUCCGGGGAGCUGACCCUCUCUUCUCGCUCUGGGUCUUCUCUCCCGCCAGGCCACUAGCGCUCUGGACACGGUCAGUGAGCGCCUGGUCCAGGAGGCUCUGGAGCAUCUGAUGAAGGGGCGGACGACUCUGGUGAUCGCCCAUCGGCUGAGCACAGUUCAGAACGCCCACCAGAUCGCCCUCUGCGCCGAGGGAAAGAUCGCGGAGCUUGGAACCCACUUGGAGCUGCUGGAGAGGAAGGGCGUCUACGCCUCGCUGGUUGGCACGCAGAGGCUCGCCUUUGAAUGA